CGGUAAUCGGGAUUUUAUAUUUUAAUUUAUAUCGAUAUUGGUUGGUACUGAUUGCUAAGUUAAUUAAAAUAUCCAUAUACCGUGACGAGAAGGGACAUGAAAAGCCGCUAUGCCACUAUAGUUAUGAUGACCGUAACUCUAGCAUACAGUGCCCCCAUUGAAUACGAGUAUGUCUCCCUGGAAGUAACUUCGAGCAAACCAAUCGAGCGACGAAACGACAAUGCUCCCUGUUGCCAAUCAGGGUCGCCAAGCUGCUGCCCUUAUGACUAUGAUGACGCAUGUGAGACGGCUAAGAACAGGACGCUGUGUGGGUACAAUAAAAACCAGAAGAAAUCAGAUGAAAUGACAAACGUAUCGAUAUACGGUCUUCCUUGUCGGGUAAACGAUGAUCGUCUCGAAUGCGGAUAUAACGGGCCUUACAUAACUGAUCGGAUACCAAAUAUUCAAACCAAUACUCCCCCACCAAUAAAUAACAAUCAUAAACAAAAUAACCAAAACCAAGACUGUUGUAAUUGUUGUAACAAAGAAACUACUAAAGCCGCUGAUUGUAUAACAACAGAAAUUCCUACAACAUCAACAACAACUAAACCAACUGAUCCGACACCUAACAUUCAACCAAUACAUAAUCCUCAAAAUAACCAAGACUGUUGUGAUUGUUGUAACCAAGAACCUAGUACAGUGGAUGAUUGCACAACAACAACAUUGCCUACAACAACAACAACAACGCCAACAACAACAACAGCAACGCCUACAAAAACAAAAAAACCUAUAACAACACCUACGCCUACAACAACACCAACAACAGAAGCCACUACUGUAACGACUAUAAAAACUACAGCGUCCACCACCAGCACUAGCUCGACUACUACAACAACCACAACUAGUACCACCACCCCAAAACCUAUCACCACCAUUGAAUACGAACAAAGCACAAAGAUCAGGAAGUUGGAUUUCACUGUCACAAAGAAAGCUACAUCAUGCGCGACCGUGGAGGAGAGAUGUGUUAUCAUCUACGAUAGUCCCUGCAUACCGGAGCAACCUUGUGGGCAGGUUGAUAUUAGUGACGAAUAGAAAGCAAGCUUCAACAGGGCAAUAAUAUAAAUGUAAUAACAUCU